UUUCCUGCCUCUGGCCGCUCGGCUCCGCCCUCGCUAAGAUGGCGGCCACGGGUGUAAACAAGGUCGGGGCUAGUGCCGGGAUGGACGGUGGUCGGGGCACUACGGGUAGCGGUCGCGGCCCUGGUUCGGCUGGCGCCGCAGUGAAGGUUCUUGAGUGUGGAGUCUGUGAAGAUGUAUUUUCUUUGCAAGGUGACAAAGUUCCUCGGCUGCUUUUAUGUGGGCAUACUGUCUGCCAUGAUUGUCUUACCCGGCUUCCACUUCAUGGCAGAGCAGUUCGUUGUCCUUUUGACCGACAAGUUACUGAACUAGGAGAUUCUGGUGUCUGGGGAUUGAAAAAGAAUUUUGCUUUGUUGGAGCUCUUGGAACGGUUGCAGAAUGGACCUGCUGGACAGUGUGGGACAUCUGAAGAAGCCAUUGGUCUAUCUGGAGAGAGUAUCAUUCGUUGUGAUGAAGAUGAAGCCCACGUUGCAUCUGUUUAUUGCACUGUUUGUGCCACUCACCUGUGCACAGACUGUUCACAGCUUACGCAUUCCACAAAGACACUAGCCAAACACAGGCGUGUGCCUCUUGCUGAUAAGCCUCACGAGAAGACCAUGUGCUCCCAACACCAAGUGCAUGCUAUUGAGUUUGUUUGUUUAGAAGAGGGCUGUCAGGCGAGUCCUCUUAUGUGUUGUGUCUGCAAGGAAUAUGGGAAGCAUCAAGGUCAUAAGCAUUCUGUCUUGGAACCAGAAGCAAACCAGAUUCGUGCAUCCAUUUUAGACAUGGCCCACUGUAUAAGAACUUUCACAGAAGAAAUUUCAGAUUAUUCCAGAAAAUUAGUUGGAAUUGUUCAGCAUAUAGAAGGAGGAGAACAAAUAGUUGAAGAUGGAGUUGGAAUGUCGCACACUGAACAUGUACCAGGGACUGCAGAGAACGCUCGCUCGUGUGUCCGAGCCUAUUUUUCUGAUCUUCAUGAAACUCUUUGUCGUCAGGAGGAAAUGGCUCUUAGUGUUGUCGAUGCUCAUGUCAGAGAGAAGUUGAUUUGGCUUAGGCAACAGCAGGAAGACAUGACCAUCCUCUUGUCACAGGUUUCAACAGCUUGUCUUCAUUGUGAAAAGACUUUGCAACAGGAUGACUGCAGAGUAGUAUUGGCCAAACAGGAAAUUACAAGGUUGCUAGAGACGUUACAGAAACAGCAGCAGCAGUUUACCGAACUUGCCGAUCAUGUACAGCUGGAUGCUAGCAUACCUGUCACUUUUACAAAGGACAAUAGGGUACAUAUUGGACCAAAAAUGGAAAUUCGGGUUGUCACUCUGGGCUUAGAUGGAGCUGGGAAAACAACUAUUUUGUUUAAGUUAAAGCAAGAUGAAUUUAUGCAGCCAAUUCCAACAAUAGGUUUUAAUGUUGAAACUGUAGAAUACAAGAAUUUGAAGUUUACUAUUUGGGAUGUAGGAGGGAAGCACAAAUUGAGGCCCUUGUGGAAACAUUAUUAUCUCAAUACACAAGCGGUGGUGUUUGUUGUUGAUAGCAGUCACAGAGACAGGGUCAGUGAAGCACACAGUGAACUUGCAAAGUUAUUAACAGAGAAGGAGUUGCGGGAUGCCUUGCUCUUGAUCUUUGCUAAUAAACAGGAUGUAGCAGGUGCACUUUCAGUGGAAGAAAUCACAGAGAUGCUGAGUCUUCACAAACUCUGCUGUGGCCGUAGCUGGUAUAUUCAGGGCUGUGAUGCCCGAAGUGGUACAGGACUCUAUGAAGGACUGGACUGGCUUUCAAGGCAGUUAGUGGCUGCUGGUGUCCUGGAUGUGGCUUAAUUACAGCAGCUGCAAUUUAAGGUCAUAGCUUACUGUUUUGUUUUGUUUGCACGAUUUAGGAAGUUGUGGCCAGAUAUUGCUGUCUGGAGGUGGAACUUCAUUUAACAUGGUGGUUACAGAAAACUAUAACCUUUUAUCCUAGAUUGGAUAAUUGGUGCAGUAAACUUGUGCUGUUGUAGUAGUUUUGAAACUUGAUACAAGUUUUGGAAUGGGCUUGUUACGAGGGUGCCUUGAAAGUUCUUUUGAUGAAAUUUGUUUGUUACAAUUUUAAAUUCUUCCCUGGUAAAAUAUGCACUGGAGUUCACCUAAUAAUUACAGCAAGGUUGCAGACAUUACAUGGUGUCAGAAAAAUUUUGAGUGGUUAGAAAUUCUUUCCUAGGAAACUAUUAAAAAAUCCAUCCCAAGUUAUUAGAAUAGCCAACUGUCUUAUUACUCAAAAAUAAAUGAUGCUACUCUUUAAUAUCUAAAGAAUGCAUGCAUCUGAAAGUGGCAUUGACACUAGCAUGCAAAUGCACCACAGAAAAAGGUUUCCCACAUGAUGUAUUAGCUUCUUCUUUACCUGAAGGCUGAAUAACUGGGGAAAGAAAACUGAGAAAGGGGAACACUGUUGCAGGGCUGUGGGGCUGUGGCAUUGUUUAGCUAGUUCUUUUGGGGGAUGGGGGCAGGGAGUUGGUGUUUUUGUUGUUGUUAAUUCUACACAGGACUACAUUAUUUAUGGACAGACCAUAGUGAUAUUGCCAAAGUGUUUUGUAUGUGCUUGAGGACAUAAUCUGCCUUUAGAGUUUACUCCUGAAGAAGUUAAAAAAACAACCAACUUUGUAAAGAAGCAGUGUAAUGUAAUGUCACUCCAACUAUAUAUUGUUAUGUAGAAGUCGUGCUUCCAGAUUAAGGUAGUGGCCUUUAAAUAUUAAUUAACACAAAAAAAAAGCAAUGUGCACUAAUUAUAACUCUUACUUAGAAGAGCAGAUGGUAAAAUGUGAUACAAACCUUCCAUAAUUAGAUUUUCAGUUCUUAACUGUGUCUUCUACAUGGAACUGUCAUCAGUGCCUCUGUUUUUGAAGAUUACUCGUUAACAAACCCAUUAAAUAUGUGUAUAGAGCUUUUUAAAUUUAGAAAAGGUUGCAGUGACUUAGUGAUGUCUCUUUUUUCUGCUGCACAUGCAACUGCUAACAAUUUUAUCUGUCUGAUAUGCACACCAGUCUUCUGCCCUCCUAAGUGCAGAGCCAUUGCCAGCAGAACCAAUUCCAUGCUCCUCUUCGUGUCAACAGAGGAGCUGCGAAGAGCAUGGCCAAGACCAAAACUGCAAAUCAUCGCUCUUCUUAAUGGAGUAAAGGUGAAUCCCCAGGAGAACCGGUCAGUGGAAGCAAGGAGUGUUGUUUCACAGAUUGAUCGGUAUUUUUACCACACUGAAAAAGCAUGUUUCUUGGUGAGAGCUCUGUACCUCACCUGGCAAGGAAGGCAUUCUCUGUGCCUAUGGCUUUUACUGUAGUAUUAUCAAUUUUAUGAUGGUUUCCCACUACAAAAUUUAGAUAAAUGCAAUAAUGUAUAAGCAGUUUAGUUCAUUUGCACUUUUCUUGAGAGGAAGCAGUUAACUACUUCUUAAUAAUGAUACCUACUUGUAGUUUUCUCUUGUUGCUUAAAUUUCAGGUAAAUGCAGCUUUAGAUGCGGCAAGUCUCAUGACUUCAAUAGUAGCUGAAGGAACACUAAGCUUUAGUUACAUGUUUGUGAAAUGGGUUUCAAUGUCUACAUAUGUACUGGGAAGGGAUACUCUUUCUCCAGACAAGCUGAUGUAUUUGGAAAUAGUUUACAAUGGAGUGAAAGGUGUUUCCCUGCACCCCCUGAACCAACAAUUAUUAUCCUUCCCUGCCUGUAACUUCUUGCACAAUAGGCAGUCAGCUGCUUUGACUUGAGUAUCUGCUUAGGCUGCACUGCAGAGCAGUCCAAGGCUUAGUUAGCCGACUGUUCCUUCCUAGCUCUUUAUAAAAAUCCCAAUCCUGUAAUUUUGUUUUUGCUGGCUUAUACUUCAGUUAUACUUACCUCUCAGUAUAAUUAUACUUUAAAAUGUUCAGGGUGACCAGUUUGGAUUUUUUGUAACAUUACUUUUGAGGGCAGAGGAAACAUUCUCAUAUGUAUAUUUCUGAGUACAAAGGAUUGAUUGUGUCAAUGAAAUGCUACCAUAAAAGUGUUUUUAAAUGGGAUUUAUAUAAGAUGACAUGAACUGUGAAAGUGUUGCAUUUGUCUGUGAACUCUCACGUGUAAACAGGGAUACUUAAGAGGUUUAUUUGUAUUAUACAUUAGUACUACAUAUCAGCUGCUUCAGUUAUAAAUUUAAACCUGUUUCACCAGUUUUACUGAACUUUAGUUUUUAGUGUACUGACUUACAUGAUAUGUAAUUGGAAUAUUUCCUCAACUACAACUCAGUCAUUACUAACUACAAGGAUUAUUUGAAAAGACUUGAGUAACUUUUCGUAAGAUUUUGACUUGUGUGAAACUGAGUAAAUAAUAACUUCCAGUGACUGUGUUGUAGCUUUCUUUGAAGAAUUUCAGAUGAAGAGAAGUCUAUCUAGGCUAGCUCAAACAGAAUGUUCUGUCACUUGGAUAUGGUGUUACUGUAUAUUACCUUCAAAUGAUUGUAGACUAUAUGGUACAUGAGGGUUUUAAUCUGAGGCAGUUCUGGAACCAGUGGAUGUUAUCUAAAGAUUUCACUGUCCAGUUGAAUUCAUGAGCUGCUCCAAAAAUGAACUCUUUACAAUAAAGAUAUCUAAAACUUGGAA